AUGGCAGCCGGGCUCUGCAGAGACUCCUCCCCUUUGAUGAUCCAAGAACCGAAUGACGUUGAUCAGAUCAAUAAAUCCGCUCAUCUCCUAGAAUUCAUAUACAGCUUGAUCCUCCCACGCUUCCACGAAUCAUUCGAAACAGGACUAGACGACGACGAAGAAGGCCCGAAUAAGGCUGUUCCCGCCAAAACAGGCCGGUUUAGUUUGAUCAAGAGGCUGGUGUUGUCGAAACCGGUCACCAUCAUCCUCACAUUGCCUUGGAAAAUCAUUUCCAAUCUUCCAGAAGACCAGAAUAACAACAACAACAACAAUGACAAGAGUCAUUUACUGAUGGAGGAAAUCGCAAUCCCUUCGGUGACUGAGCUCUCCAACGCGGGAAUUGAAUUCGCGGGGACGGAUAAAGGCAUUCCAGGCAUAGAUUUCGACAAGGAAACGGCUACAUUCCAUCUCCCGUCGCUUUCGGUCGAUGUAAACACUGAGGUGGUGAUGAGGAACCUCGUCGCGUACGAGGCCUGUGGCGACGCAUCACGGCCGUUGAUCUUCACGCGAUACGCGGAAUUGAUGAACGGGAUCAUCGACUGCGAGGAUGAUGCAAGGAUCUUGAGGGAAAAGGGGAUUGUUUGGAACUACUUGAAGGGCGAUCAAGAUGUGGCAGACUUGUGGAAUGGCAUGAGCAGGUCGAUUAGAAUGACUAAAGUGCCCUUCUUGGAUAGAAUCAUUGAAGAUGUGAACAGUUAUUACGACGGUAGAUGGAAGGUUAGGAUAGGAAAGUUUGUGAGUAGGUAUGUUUUUGGAUCAUGGCAGUCGAUCACGUUCAUGGCUGCUUCUAUGCUGCUGUUUUUUGUGAGUUUGCAAUCCUUUUGCACCUUGUUCGGCUGUGGUCGUCUGUUUUUUCGUCGUCCGAGGACGUACUGA